UUUGUUUUGACAAGUGGAGAAAGAGUGAGAUAUUUAUAUUAUAUGCAUGUGAGAGAGAGAGAGAGAGGCAGUGAUAUUAAUAGGUUUAGUUAGGGGUUUUGGGUUUUGGGUUUUCACUACACUUCUCAGCUUCAGGUGGCUGUGAUGUGAGCCACUGAAAAUGGAAGGCUUCGACGAUGAUGAUUUCGGCGAACUCUACGCCGUCGACAUUGAACUUCCCAAUACCAUCCAGGAAGAAGAAGAAGAAGUAAAACCUGAUGUGAACACUAACAUUGCCAAUCUUCACCAGGACAAGAACAACGAUGCGGUGAAUGAUUGUGAUGACUGUGCUGCUGCAAGUGACAGCGAUGACGACGACGACGACGAUGCUCUGAAAAUCGUGUUGAAUGACGAGGAUGUUCCUGCCGGAGUUGUUGGAUGCGACGACGACGGCGAUGCUGAUGAGGGCGAUGAUAAUGGUUCCAGAUAUUUUCAUCCUAAGGUCAGUAAGUGUGGGAGGGGUCGAAGAUUGGCAUUUGAAAAAAAUAUGGAAGCGGCUUUUGAGAAUAAUAUGAAGGUCAAUGCAGCAAUGGGUAUGGCUUCCUACAUUUCAUCCUUGAAUAGAAGGAGGAGGAAUGGUGAUACCGUUGUUCAGAACCUUGGAUUGAACUCCUCUCGAGUGUGUCUUGCAGCAAAUCCUAUGUUUGUUCAAUGUGGAUAUGCAUCGGUUCUUCCGUGGUCCUGGGGUAUAUUUGAUGUAAACAUUGAUACAUUAACGGAGAAGCCAUGGAAGAUUCCUGGAGUUGACAUGACGGAUUACUUUAACUUUGGUUUUAAUGAGAGCACUUGGAAGUUAUACUGUGCUUCAUUGGAGCAACUUUGGAAAACAUCCUUGCAAACUGGUAUUUCUGUUGAUGACUCUGCAAAAUGGAAUCAGGAAGCCAUGAGAGAGCAAACUGAUCAAGUAGUCUCAGGGAAUGUACUUUUUCCUUCAUCAGAUUUUGGAUUGCCAAAAGGCAGAGCAAUUCAGGUUGAGAACAGCAUGGUUGAACGGCAACCAUCCAUAGAUGUAAGGCGUCCACGCAAUAGGGAUUUUAAUGUUAUAGAGAUCAAGCUGCUUGAAUCCUCAGAUGAUUAUUCUGGUUCCGGCCAUAGCAUUGUAAUGGAUGCAUUAUUAGAAGGGGAAUCUAUGUCAGGCAAUAAGCAAAGUAUUCAUAAUUCUUCUGGUGAACAAGAUGAACUGCUGUCUGAAGAUCAGUUGGAAGAUGUGAAAAAAGCAGAGGAUGCAUCUGUUCAGAAAAGAAGUGGCCCAAUUCCUGGUGCAAAUGGAGAUGAACAUCGGGAUCAAGUAGACCAACAUUCUGAAGAUACUGCACAAGUGCCAGAGGGAGAAAUAAAUGCGGAGGAAGGUGGUGGCAUAGAUGCAUUUAAUUCUAAUUCAUGUUGGAUUGAAUCAGAACUGUCACUUGGAGAUCAAGAACAUAGCCUGACUUCCUAUACUGAUAGUGAUUCCGAGGGAACGGAAAACAGUGUACAUGUUGAUAAUGAUAAAAAUCUUAGCCCUUUAAGAAGGAAAUCCUUGAAUUUUGUCACUGAGAUGAAGGAAUCAUUGCCACUUUAUUGCAAGAACAUGAAGAACAGUGUCAAUAAAAAAGCAGUAAAUGUAGCUUAUAAUUCAAGAACUAGAGGUCAAUUCAGAAAGGAACAGAGGCACCAAAGUAGUGGAUAUGAGCCUGGUUAUAAUCGGAAUAAGCACACAGAAAAUAAUAAUGAUGUCUCCCUGCUCCUCAAGUCCAGUUCAAGGGAUCUGUCUCUGUUGGCUCGUCAAUUUGUUGAUUAUGACAGACAUGAAGACCAACUGGAAGAUUUUGGCAGUCAUAAAAGAGAUGUUUCAUAUAAUAGGGAAAAACAAUCCUAUUAUUAUGGUGGUGAAAAGGUUGUUGAUGUCGUUACACGACAUUCUAGAUAUUAUCAUGAAGAUCGAGAAAGCUUCAGGGAGAAUACAAACCGAUGUAACAGAAGAAAUGGGGAUGUGGGGAAUUAUUUUUUUGAACAAGGUCCUCAAUUUGCAGAUAGUGAGGACAGAGAGAAAGAUUGGUAUCAUCCUGGUUGUGGGUACUCUGCUGAUGACCUGAGUAAUCACUCUUAUAGGGAGUCAAGAUGGUCUCUUCCAAAACAUUCAUCUUUUCCUGAUAAGGAGAUGGAUACUCAAAGGAAAAGAAUGGAUGAAAAAUUCCAUUUUAUGGACAGAAACUUCAUUGAUGAUUUUGAUGAGUGUGAGUUUGAGUUCCUACACAAGAGAUAUCGCAUGUCCACUUCUGCUGCUGAGAGAGAAAUGGAAUUGUUUGAUAAUAAUGGUGAAGAGCAGUUUGCACAUAUUGAUAGAGAUUGGAGAAGAUCUGUCCGUAGGGGAAGACACUUGGCUUCUGGGAUAGUAGAAGAUAAUUGUCAGAAAUAUACACGAUACCAGACUUCAAAUUUUAAGCAUCGUAGACAAUCUUAUACAGAUUCAGUGAAGAAUUAUGCAUAUGAUGCAAGGGUAAAUGUAAUUUUUGGGGGUUGUGGGAGAGAUAAGCAUGCUAGAGACAACAGAGGCUGUAAUCAGUUGUGUGAUUAUACUGACACUGCUGAAGAUGAAGAUCUCCCAAUUUACCCUGAAGAAGAGUAUCGGUUUUACAGGUCACCAUCUAAGUUCCUGAAUUGGACUGAGGAUGAAAUUAUUUGUAGGCAUCAUGAAACCCAUGCAUCAUCUUUGUCUGCUAAGGUGCAGAGUGAUGAUAUGCCAUUGCAGUGGCAUCAGCUAUGUAUGUCAAAGCGAGAUAGUGAGAGAUAUUUUAAAGAUAGCUCUAAGAUUAUGUGCAGAAGUAAGGGUGGGCAAGCAGUGCUGAGAUUCAGGAAAUCAGUUGACUUGAUUAAUGGGGAAGGAAAGUCUCGAGUGAGAAGGUCCAGAGUCUUAUGCAAUGGUAGGCUUGAAAAUGUCAACCAGCGGAUUGCUAAGAAGCGGAGAGCUUCAGUGGUUUUUGAUGAAUCUCAUAAAAAGGCCAGCAAAUUUGACACCUCAAAACAUCAAAGCAAUCAGGAGAGUAAGAAAUGGCUUCAGAUUCAGAACCUUUCAGAUCAAGGACAGAAAGAAAGCUCGGAUAUAGAGGAAGGCCAGAUUGUAACAGAAGAACCAUACAUGGAUUCUUCGGUAUCCAGGAGAGAUGCUUCUGAAGGUUCAUCAUUGACUGAUAGUGUGAAGAAGAAAAUGUCACAAAAUGACCAAUUUAUAGGUGGCUAUGACAGUCAAAGGAUUCUUGAUUCAUUAGCCAAGAUGGAGAAACGCAGGGAGCGCUUUAAGCAACCCAUCACAGUUAAAAGAGAAACAGAAGAGAGUUUGAAGGUCAACAAUGAUUCCAUUGUAGAUACAGGUGAAAUGAAGCAACAUAGGCCAGCCCGAAAGAGACGUUGGGUUGGUAACUAGUUUUGUGUUUUUUUUUU